UCCUUCCAUUCUAACCUCCUUGAUUUUCAACUGUUCUGUGGAAAAAAACGCAACCUUGUGUAUGUGUGUGCGCGCGCGCGUGGUAUUUUCUUUUUUUUUUUAAUGAUAAAAUAACUCUGUGUAAAAAGUUUUUUAUGUUUAAUUGCAUGUUUGUAAGAAAUUUGCUGUAGCAAAACAGCUAUCGCUCUAGACUUAUCGCUCUAUGACUCUAUGACCUAUCGCUCUAUAACCAUAAGUGUCGUCUGCUUUGAAUAAGAAGCGGGAAAUACUACCGUGAUAAAUUGAAAUCUAUCAAAAAAAAUUGCUGAAAGUUUCCACUAUCUUAUAAAUUGUUACCUAACUUCAGAAUAUGCGUGCCAAUUUAAAAAUGUAAAGAUUAAGUUUUUGUUUUUUGCUGAAUGAUUAUCAUAGUCUGUGCGAAAGAAUGUCAUGUCUUAUUAAUGCUACAAAUGUCAAAAUUUUUGGAAAGGCUUUCCAUGCUUUAUCCAGGAUUGCAGAUGACUUAUACAUUGAAGCUUUACCAUCAGGACUUGUUUUCCACACGGUGAAUGCAUCCAAAUCUGCAUAUGCAUGUUUCACUUUUAAACCUGAAUUUUUCAUAACAUACAGAGAUGAUUUAAUGGAAAAACGAAAAGUUUUAAUAAAGGCAUGUUUGAUGGCUUUCCGUUCAUUACCAAACCUGGAAAAAAAUGUGGAAAAAUGUUUAUUUGAUUUGAAUAGUAUGACAGAUUUUUUGUUGCUGAAGUUUUUCUGUAAGCAUGGUAUGGUGAAGGUGUAUCAAUUACAUUUUAUUGAAAAUGAAACAGUCCAAGGAUCCUUUCCUAAAACUGGCUUCCUUUGCAAGUUGACAGCUUCAUCUAGAUUGCUUCAUGAUGGGAUACAAAAUUUCAGUAAUUCUGUGGAAGAAUUGACUUUAACGGUGUCUUCAAAUAAAGUGUAUCUUCGAAAUUAUGUUGAUGAUGAACCAGAUCCUAAUAAAGUUGUACAUACUGAGCUCACUUUAGAAUCUGAAGAAUUUGAAUCCUUUGAAGUGGAGAAGGAAAUGAAAAUCACGUUUUGUCUAAAAGAGUUGAAAGCAAUACUGAAUUUCUGUGAAGGCUUCAACGUUCCAAUCACAAUCAAAUGUCAAGCUGGAGGAAAACCAGUAACAUUUAGUAUAAGUGCCUUAAAGGGAGUUGAUGUGCACUUUGUACUAGCAACUUUAGCAGAUAGAGACACACAAUCUGUAUCAUCAAGCAUGUCACUUCUAAGGACUUCUGUUGCACAGUGCAGCAAGGACAGAGACAAGCAGCUUGAAUUAGAUAAUAAAGAAGAAAAUGGUAUUUCAGCCAAUCAUAGUUCUGAUACUAAGAGCAGUGGAAAUAUUAAUGCAAGUGUUCAAAGGUUACCCAAAUUUGCUAAACAAAUCACAUUUAGUGAUGAUGAUGAUGAUGAUGACACUGAUGAUGAUAUUGUAAUAAAUCCAGAGCCAGUGCCAGCUGAUCAUUCGGACCAAGAUGAAGUGCCUUCAACACCUCCACAUAAAAAGUUUCGUUCUCUAUUUCUGGGUCUGUCUCAAGCAACAUGUGCAUCAAUGGCUGCAGAUCCAGAUGAAGUCCUAGUUCCAGAUAGUGAUGAUGAAAAGUAAAUUAUUAAAUUUUAAAUUUAAUGUAUAUUAAAGUUUUAAACAAGACCAUUGUAA